AUGGGUCGACUACGAUGGUUGUGGACCGUUGCGGUCAUUUUCUCUUUGCUCUUUUUGCGGAUACAAGCCGCCGAGGAGGAGGAGGAAUCAGGAAUCGAAGGCGAAGAGGAAAUGGAACGCUAUCCGAUUGCUGUCUUUGAAUGGGACGAGGUGAAAGUGCCAUUAGUGAUUUGUCUAUGGUUGGUCGUUGCAUCGAUCGCAAAAAUCAUAUUCCAUCAAGUGCCGCAUAUGACGGAAAUGUUUCCCGAUUCAUCACUUCUUAUCAUGAUCGGUUUAAUCAUCGGAAUCGUUCUCAACGCUAUUGGAGUUAGCAAGAGUGAAUAUUUCUUGAGCAAACAAGUCUUCUUCCUCUACCUCCUACCGCCGCUUGUCUUCGACGCCGGGUAUUUCAUGCCGGCUCGUCACUUUUUCGACAAUCUUGGCUCGAUUCUCACUUUUGCCAUGAUCGGCACCACGUGGAACAUCGUGGCUAUCGCGCUUUCCCUCUGGGCCAUCGGUUUAACGGGGAUUUUCUCCGUGGAAACCCCGCUCAUUCACUGUCUUUUGUUCGGAUCAGUGGCCGCCGACGUCGAUCCAGUGGCUGUCAUUGUCAUCUUCGAAGAACUUGGGGUGAACGAUAUCCUUUUCAUUUCGGUUUUCGGCGAGUCUCUUCUCAAUGACGGAGUUGCUGUUGUAUUCUAUCGCAUGUUCGAGGACUACACGAUUAUCGGCGCUGAGAACUUGAUCAGCAGGGACUACUACUACGGAGCGGUUUCCUUCUUGGUGGUGGCUCUGGGUGGAAUUGUGGUCGGACUGUUGUUUGCCGCCGGUGCAUGCUUUAUUACAAAAUACACACGAGAUGUGAACAUCCUCAACCCGGUCUUCGUCCUCGUCGUCCCAUAUCUCUGCUAUUUAUUCGCUGAGAUGUUUGCUCUUUCCUCGAUUAUGGCCAUCGUCUUUUGCGGAGCCGCGAUGAAACAAUAUGUCAAAGAGAAUCUUCCCGAGAAAUCCUCAAAUGCUAUCUCAUAUUUCAUCAAGGUGCUCUCUCUCUCAUCAGAAACGGUAAUCUUUGUCUUCCUCGGCCUUUCGACAGUUUCUUCGGAUCAUCAUUGGGACACUCCAUUCAUCAUUCUCACCGUCGUUUUUUGUCUCAUCUAUCGAACUCUCGGUGUGGUCGUGAUGUGCGGGAUUCUAAACCGAUAUCGGCUUUUUAAAUUUACAAAGGUUGAUCAAUUCAUCAUGGCCUAUGGCGGGUUGCGAGGAGCGAUUGCCUACGGAUUGGUGGUUGCUUUGCCGGAUAUCCCCGCAAAGAACAUGUUCAUCACUUCAUGUAUCAUUAUCGUUUAUUUCACUGUCUUUUUACAGGGACUCACACUGAAGCCGAUUGCCGAGUUUUUGCAAGUCGAGCUGAAAAACGAGCACAAAAAGAACAUGACCGAGUACAUUUAUCAAGAGUUAAUUGACAUGACAAUGAGUGGAAUGGAAGACAUCGCCGGUUUCAAAGGACAUCACUGGAUCAGAGACACCUGGCAACACGUCAACAAUCAUUACAUCAAGAGGGUUCUUGUCAAUAAGAAAAGUCUCAAGACAAUGGAUCAAACAAAGAUUGUUCGGAUGUACAAGAGAUUACAGAUGCAAGACGCAAAAAAUCUCGUUAAGGGCGGAAACAAUCUACACAAGAAUCAAGUCUUCGUCCAAGCACUCAUCGACCACACAAGGAGUCGAACCGGUUCGGCGGGAGCUGGAACCCCAGGUGGCGGCGCUGUGGGUAGUACAGUCAUCAAUAUGAAAAACCUGCAAGAGCAUCACGGAAUCCCCGUUUAUGACUCUGAAAUAGAAAGCAGUGAUGAUGGAAUGAGUCAUACACAACGGACACAAUCCUACUCUUUAGUUGAAGAGCGUCGUGUCGAAGAUAGGGUG